UACACUGCGUGGUGUCGUGUGUUGCAAAGUCGCUGACAUUGAAAGUAUCCCGCGAUAAGUGGUGCCGCCGUCGCUGCCGUCAUCACUGUCGCCGCCGCUGUCGUUGCCGUGCGUUCGCCCGAUGCUGAAAUGAAGCAGAAGCGCGUCAUGUAUAGCGACGCGCGGAAACUGUGCGAGAGACAAACGCAAUCGGCCCCGUACGGGCCCAGCCUCGCGUCGGACUAAUGAUCAAUGGCUUUAUUCGAGAAGAGAUACACGAAUAAAGUGCUGUUAGAUGAUACGGAGCAGCUGACGAGCGUCAUCGAAAAUGCUAGGACCAUCGACGGGCAUACGGAAUACGUAAUCAAAAUACAACGAGGUCCACUUCCUGAAAGAUCUUGGAGAGUAAGCAGACGUUACAAUGACUUCGUACAGCUCAAUACAGCUUUAUCCAUAUCUGGCUUUGACCUGCCACUACCACCAAAAAGGAUUAUUGGUAACAUGGAGCCAGACUUUAUAGCUCAGCGACAAAUAGCACUGCAGAAUUAUCUAAACAUAAUACUAAUGAAUCCUAUACUGGCAUCUUCGCUUUCUACAAAAAAGUUUUUAGACCCUGAGAAUUAUACUGCACCAUUACAUGAAAUCGCACUACAGCAAGUAUCAUUAGCAUUACGAAGCGAUGCCAAUUUCGAAGUAUGCAAGCCCAUUCCUGAUAUGGGAUGGCGAUUGAGGAAACAUUAUUAUACGGUGAAAAAUCGUCAGAACCCGAAACAAGAACUACUACUUGCUUGGGUCGAAUUUGGCCCUGACAAGCAUUUACAAGAUAAAGAUAUACAAGGGGUUUUCAAGACUCUAGGCUCUCUACGACAUACUUACAUCGAACCAAUAGUACACCAGCAUGUUACGGACAACGGGGCACUAAUGAUAAGAAAUUUUUAUUCGGCGGGCACAUUACGUGACGUUUUAUGUAUUACCAAGCCUAAACAGCCAUUUAUAAAGAAAUAUGGAAAUCCGAAACAAAUAAAAGCAUUAACAGUACAAGAAAUUGCCACGUAUGGUUAUCAGAUAUUAGAAGCUUUAGGAUUUCUUCAUGAAAAAGGAUUACCUUACGGACAUUUACAUACCGGCAAUGUUCUUUUAACACCAAGAUGCGCUAAAUUAUUGGAUAUAGAAAAUGGACUCCUAGGAUUGCCAGCGUUUUAUCGGCCUUACGUGGUACAAAGACGCAAAUUGCACGCUACGACUCAGGUUGAUGUAUAUUCAUUUGGACACGUUUUAUAUGAAAUGACGUUCGGACGACCACUUUUGGAGGCAACGUGUUCCGAUUUGCCACAGUGCGAAACGAAUCUAAAGAAUUUGCUGGAAGUCAUCUUAUCACCGGAAGCUUUGAAACAAGACCUACCAACGGUAAUGCGGCUGUUGGAACAUCCAUUUUUUGAAUCGGCGAGGCGCGCUGCAUUGGCAAUUGGUACUGUGGAGAAGCCGUACUUUAAAUUGAGCAAUCAUUUAAAAGAGGCUUUACAAGAAGCUGUAAACAAAGCCGAACAACGACUGCGCGAUGAACAGAAAGUUGCUCGACAUCAAAAGAGGCUCGUUAAAGUUCAAGAAAUGAUGAGUUCAGAAGAAGAAAUGAAGAAACGAAAGCAUAAAUUGAAAAAAGAGCAGAGAUUGGCGCAAGAACAACGGUUUUCUUCGCAACUAGGUACGAACGGGACAAAGCAAAUAAAUGGUAAGAGCCCAGAGCGUUCGGAUAGUCCCACAAGUACUUCCACGGCUACCAGCGUUGGAACAUUAACUCCUCCAUCGCUUCGUUCUGUGGAAGUUACGCAAGCAAAUGCAGUUCCUGGUAAAGGUAUUUCACCACCACCACCGCCACCUUCGUUACCACCGUCAUGUGAAGCAUCCAGUAGUGCAUCGAACAGUGUAUCAAAAUCGUCAAAUGAUCGUGCUGCUUUACUUGGAAGUAUUUGCAAUUUUGACAAAACGAGACUGCGAAGGAUUACAAAUGGACACCGUUAGAAACAUUAAAUAUAUAAAAGAAAAGGUCAACCAAAUAUCUAUUUCAAAUCUGACGUGACUGUUGUGCAAUGUCGAACAAAGAACUUCCCUUGCUUAAUUAGGACAAGAUAACGUACCUGUAGAUUAUUAUGAUGGAUUGAAAGGUUGUUUGGAUGAUAACUGUAUUGUGCUUCUUGUGACACAUAAUGGUACUGAAUAUCAUUUUUCUUCGAUCGCGACACUUGCACACAUUUAUGAAUUUUUAAACUUUCGAUAUUUUAUUUAUUGAUGCUCGCUACAUAAACAAGAUUUUAGCUUAAAACAAUUAUAUUAAGAGAAUAUACUAUAUUAAAUUUGUGAUAUAUAUAUUAUAUAUGAUCGAUAUUAGUCCCGUUUGGCCUACUCUACGUUUUUACGAAAUAUAAUACAACACUUACUUCGUUUGUAUUAGAUCUGCCGUCCAAGAACGAGCCUAAACGUACAGAACAACCAAUCAAAAUAUCAAUUGCUUUGGAAAAUUGCCAUCUUUACGAGUUGUCUCAUAUCAUAUUCUUUCCAUAUACACGCUAGAGAUAGAAAAGGAUUGCGUAAAUAAAAAAAAUUUGUAUAAUAUAAUAGCAGUAUAUAAUUGUAUAUUAUCUAAUUUACGGAACAUGCAUACAGUAAUAAUGCUGGGAGCAAUUUGAAACAUUUUUAGAUUUAUUUUAAUUGAUAUUUUUAUGACUGCUCGACUGUAAAUCAAGAAUAUACAUUCGCGAUAUAAUUAAUCGAGAAAUUCCAUUUUCUAGUCUAACAUAUCCCCCUGUUAUACAGUUAAUAGCACCAUAAAAUUUUAUAACAUAUCUUGUUUAACGCGGGCCAAGUUUCGCGAUCGAUUUUAUAUUGUUAAU